AUGCCACGCAAGCGUGUUUCUACAGUGAACAAAGAUGCGGAUGUUGCCUCUGCUGGAACCGAGCCCGGUCCGAGUAAAGACGGCACCACUGGCGGCAACGAAGAUCCGGGGCGAGGGAGCACGAGUCUUGCACUCCCGUCGGCGGAGAUGGAGGGAUCGGCGACGGAGGGAAAUCACGGAGGCAAUCCCCGCGCCGAGCAUGCCGCAACCAAGGAGUCCGAGGCGGCGGCAACGCAACACCAUCUGACGCUGCUCCAGCCGACCGUGGUCGAAGUUUUUGCAGCCGUGCUGGAUAAGGACAAGGUGGGGGAGCACGAGUCAGUGGGGCUGGUUGGUGGCUCUCCACCUUCUGGUGGACGGGGGAGGCGUAGGCAGAGGAAGAGCGAUGGGGAGGACGAUUAUGACACCGCCGUGCCCGGGGACCUCAUUACGCGGGCGAAGAGGCGGCAGACGACAGGUAGUGCUGACGACGCUGGAGGCGCGGCAGUUGGGACACCGCGAGGCGCCAAGGAAGCUAGUGGCAAGGCGGGCGGUCAAGCAUUGCGCCAGAAGGGCCGACCCGCAGCAAGAAAAGCAUCCGGCGGAAGGAGAGGCAAGAAAGUAGCGACGGGAACAAAGCCGAAACGGGGCGAUGAAGACCCCGGUGAUGCGGAGGAGGAGGAGGAUGAGGAGGAGGAUGCGGAGGGAGAGGAGGAUGAAGAGGAAGCGGAGGAGGAUGACGCGGAUGUUGGGGAGGAUGAAAAAGAUGAGAAUGAUGGCGGGGAGGACGAAGAGGAGGAGGAGGAGGAGGAGGAGGAGGAGGAGGAGGAGGAGGAGGAGGAGGAGGAGGAUGAGGAGGAGGAGGAGGAGGAGGAGGCAGAGGAGGAGGAGGAGGAGGAGGCAGAGGAGGAGGAGGAGGAGGAGGAGGAGGAGGAGGAGGAGGAGGAGGAGCAGGGUGACAACGAGGAGGAGGAUGUGGAGGAGGAGGAGGAGGAGGAGGAGGAGGAGGAGGAGGAGGAGGAGGCAGCGGAGGAGGAGGAGGAGGAGGAGGAGGAGGAGGAGGAGGAGGAGGAGGAGGAGGAGGAUGUGGCGCCAGUGAAGGGACGGGGCGGGCGUGGCAGACGGGGCGGUCUCCCCUCUCGCCGAUCCUUCGCGCGGGCAUCAGGCAGGCAGUUAUGCCAAUCCCUUCCCUGA